CGCCCACGCCAUCGACUGCAGUUGCAACUUAUCAGAACGGGAAUGAAGAGCUUGGAUUGAGUCCAGGCUAUAUCUCAUCAUGAAUUAUAUCGCCGCCAAGAUCACCGCGAUCAAGCAAGAUGUCAAUCUGAGCAGAGUCGGCGUGGGAGUUGUUCUGGGUGCGAGAGGAGUUCGUGCAGGCGCGGGGAGAUAUUUCAGCAACAAAGUACCGAUCGUACAAUGGAUAACGGGAUAUGUGCCAAAAUGGCUCAUCGGGGAUGCAAUUGCAGGGUCGUCAGUUGGGAUGCUUCUAAUUCCACAAGCAGUGAUGUAUUCAACCCUCGCUGGACUGCCGGUCCAGCAAGCACUCCUUGCAAGCUGGUUGCCAGGGCUCAUCUAUGCCAUUAUGGGAAGUACCAAAGAUAUUAGCACCGGACCAACAUCGACCACUGCACUCCUUACCGGGCAGAUUAUCCUCUCCUUGGCCCCAUCUAAGGUUUCCCCACCACUCGUCGCUGCUGUUCUGUCAUUCUGUAUCGGAAUGUGGUCAAUGAUGCUGGGACUUCUGAAUUUUGGAUUCAUCUUCGAUCUCCUCUCUCUGCCGAUGAUUCUGGGGCUCCUGGUCGCUGUUGCCAAUGUAGUAAUUGUCACACAGCUUCCGGCAGUUCUUGGCUUGACAGGUACCAGUCUUGUAUUUUCUCAGAUGAUGCCAGAGAUCAUCCAAAAGUUGGGCCAAACAAAACCUGCCUCGAUCGGUCUUGCGGCCGCAUCCAUCGUCCUGCUGGCAAUGCUUCGGUUCGUCGGGAAGAAAUGGGGCCAUAAAAAUGAGAUGGUGAGGAUCCUCGCCAUCCAGCGAAAUCUCCUCAUCAUCAGCAUCUUCACUGCGGCCAGCUUCUUCAUCAACAAAGAUCUGAAGCAGCCUGUUUGGCAUAUUAUUGGUCCCAUCAAAACAGAGCUGCCAAUGCCUCAGAUCCCUCUCAUGACUCUUGCUCAAAGGCUAUUCGUCCCAAGCCUUACACUCACCAUCACUAUCAUGUUGGAGCAUGUCGCUUUUGCGAAAGCAUUUGGACGAAAGAAUGGAUACGCCAUCGACUCGAGUCAGGAAAUGUUCUACCUAGGAUUCGUCAACUUCAUCACCUCCUUGUUCGGUGGAAUGCCUGUGGGGGGAGGCGACCUACCUCGUGCAGCAGCCAACUCAGAUUCUGGAGUCAAAAGUCCUCUCGGCGGAAUAUUUACCUCCGUCACUGUUCUUGGCGGCAUGUAUGUAGGCAGCGGCUUCCUCCAAUAUAUCCCAAUGCCGGUCAUUGCGGGCGUCAUUCUUGUCGCAACAAUCGGUCAAUUGCCCCCAUUGGCCGCCAUUAAAAAACUCUGGAGGGUUUCGUUCACAGACUUCGGCACCUUUUUCAUGACAUUCAACAUCGUCAUACUGAUGGGCAAUACAAUCGGUAUCUCCGUAGGUCUGGGCAUCAUGGUCUCCUACACCAUCCUCCGCAUCAUGUUCUCACGCCCAAGUGCCAUCUUAAAAGCCGACCUCGAAUGCAGAUAUAAAUCCCUCACUCCACCGUGGUUGGCAAAAGAUGACCCCAUCCCCCCUGGAACCCAAGUCAUGAGUCUAGAAACAGACGUCAUUUUCGCCAACGCCGAGAGGAUCAAGAGACACGUCAUCGAUACGACGUUAACCUAUCAAUUCGGCAUACCAAUGACCGAAAACGAGGAUCUUCAACGAGCAUGGAACUACAAACGUGAGAAGCACAUCGGGCGUCUGCGCCGCCUCGCCGGAGUCAGUAACACAGAUAUAUUUAUUCCUCGUCUCCGCGUCCUCGUGCUCGAUCUCUCCGCUACAUCUUUCAUCGAUGCUUCCGGUAUGCAGGCAUUUGAAGAUAUCAAGACCGAAAUCUGUUUAUACGGUGGUCCUCGCGUUGAGAUGCGAUUCAUGGGGUUGAACAAAGGCGUGCAAAAGAGGUUCAAGCGUGCUGGUUGGAAACUGGGUCCUCCUUAUGAUGAUGACUUAGCAUAGGUAGGGGUGUUCCCUCCGCUUGCGACGGAUAGUUCUUAUUUUUCUGCACUAUGUUGACGAAAAUGGCAUGUCUUAGUUAUUUUACUUCAUGCUGAGAUAUAUGGGACGAGAGACCAGGUUAUGACCAUUUUGAGCGCCGGCACGCCACGAGAUAUGAAUGAAUGAC